UACUCCUCCUCCUCUUACACGCUUGAAACGCCUCGUGAAGAAAAGUAAUAUUACCAGAAGGUCCUACGAGAGGUUUAGUAGUCUCUUGCAUGUUAGGACGUCUGUAAGGUACCAAAGUGAUUGCCUGAAGAUAAGAAACCACUGCAGUGACUGCAGGAUAAAAAUACUCUUUUUGCCUCCCUUUGGAAGUCUGCGUCAUUCUGAUUCUGUUCCUCAUCCAAAAGUUGAAUCUGUAAACUGAAUUUGAUCAGUGUGAAUAGUGAGAGGAUCAGGGUGCAACGCGCACAACUAGGAAGGAACACACUUGAGUACAAGUCAGGAUGCUUCCUGAUCAGACAAAAAAGGAGUUUAUAAGUGUCUGGGUGCGUGACCCAAGAAUACAGAAAGAGGAUUUCUGGCAUUCGUAUCUGGAUUAUGAAAUCUGCAUUCAUACAAACAGCAUGUGCUUUACAUUGAAGACAUCCUGUGUUAGAAGGCGUUUUCGAGAAUUUGUGUGGUUGCGGCAAAGGCUUCAAAGUACUGAUGUAUUACUAACAGAAAUACCACAGCUUCCAUUUAAAAAUCCAUUCUUCAAUAUUCAUAAUCCCCAGCAUGUAGAGCAACGGCGGCAAGGUCUACAGGAAUUCCUUGAAAGUGUUCUACAGUCUGCUGUACUUUUGUCUGACAGUCAGCUGCAUCUGUUCCUACAAAGCCAGUUAAGUACAGAUGAAAUUGAGGCCUGCGUUUCUGGACAGACAGAGUUCUCCGUUAGUGAUGCAAUACAGCGCUUUGCUACUUCAAACAGACGGUUUCCAGAGGAAAAACAAGAAAGAAAUUAUUCAGAUUCCGACUCAGAAAGUUCAUCCUCAGGACUUGGGCACAGUAGUGAUGAUAAUGCUUCACAAGGCUGCAGAAGAAACACAAGCCAGGGGGAUGUCCUUGGCACGGUCUCCUCAUCGUCUUCCCAUGAACAUCUUGCCAUGCCAUGAAUGAACUUGACAGAAUGCUUUAAGAAUGAAUAUCAUUUGGGAAAUGUACUGUAUAUUCUGUCCAGAUGCUGCAUAUGGAAAUUGAGUGCACAUGGUUGCAUUGUUGUAGCGUAAUUAAUAUAGGCCGUUCACUUGUCAUUUGAUAUAUAAAGUGAUUUCUAGUUAAGGUACUGGUAUCUCGCACUCCACAACUGGAAAGGAGAUUUACUACUGUUGUAGUAUUUUUUUGUGCUAAUUUAUUAGCAAGGCAUUCUAGCUUUAUAAGGCUUUGAUUUUUUUUCUCUCUUAGUGAGAAUAGAAAAGUUUGCAUCUUUCACGGCGUGAAAGUGCUCAUUUCAGACCCUACCACUGUUUCUUUUUAUUUGAAAUCUUCAAGAGAUGAAACGCAUUCUUAUGCCUAUUUUUUGUUAUCUUGUAAGUUUUGAGUUUAGUAGUAAUGCUGAGUAAAUUGUUUCUAUCCCAAUUAUUUAUUUUACAUAAAUGACACGUGAAUGAUCCUUUUAAGAGCCAGAACAAAUCUUUUUAUGGUGCAUGUAGCUAUGUGUAUAUUUGUGUGUUUGCACAAUUAUACACAUGCUUUCUUGAGUGCUGCCAAAGCAUUUCAUCAGCACUUUAGUAACUUAUUUGUGAAAGAAAACUGUUAAUGUGAACAUGACACUAGUUGCUCAGAAAUGUCAAGUCAUGUAAUUAUGGCUUUGUUAAUGCUGUGUUACUGUUGAUCACAAAGUAAAGCAUACAUUUGUAAAUAUGGGUGCUUGACAUAACCCAGCUUUCACUGAUGCCUUUUUUUAAGGUUACUCUAAAGUUGAAUUAAAGCAUCACUUUUCUUUCUGAAAUGCAUUUAUUCCAUCAGCAUCAUGAAAUGUAGUUCAGAGGUUGUUACCUUUUAACUUUAUAGAUUUUGAUCAUGCCUAUUGAUUUGAGUACUGUUCUGAUGUUUUGUGUACCUAACCCCAUAGUUAUACUUUUAU